AUGGUCUACAAUGUGUACAUGUACAUGGUGCUCAUGACACUAUUGCCUUUCCUCUUUCUGCUCUGCCUCAAUGCAAUCAUUGUCUUUCGCCAAAGUCUCGAAUCCGGCAAGGAGAAAGAGGUUUUGGAUUCUUCCGAUAAGCUUUUGAAGCCAAAAGCGAGCUCCAGCAGUGGUGAUGACACUAUCACAAUGAUUAUGGUGGUCAUUUUGUUUCUGGCCUGCAACACUCUUGCUCUUCUCGUCAACAUAAUCGAGACGUUCUUUGAGCCAGACCCACUCCUGCUCAACCUUCUGUCAGAUGCCAGCAACUUCCUGGUUGUUUUCAAUUCUUCCGUGAACUGUGUGAUCUACUUUGUAUUCAACAAAGAGUAUCGCGAAAUUUUUCUAGCUAAAAUGCACGAAAAGUUGGAUUCGUUACCAUGGUGGAUCCGCUGCUGCUGUUGUCGAUGCUGCAUAUCACGACGACUCCGUCAGGAUCUAGUGUAUCAGCCAGUAGGACAUGACAAGAGCAAGAAGGAUUAUUCACUACGUUAUGUCGUCGCAGAAGCUAAUGCUGAUACUGUCACAAGUAAGUUUUGUUAGAA